UGGGCCAUGAGAAAAACCCAAAGUCACAACUCUCCCCGAAGACUUGCACCGCCAGAAGAAUUUUCUGGCAGAUGACAAAGGGUAAAACUGUGAAAUAAGCAUCCUCUUUCCCUCCCACUAUGCUUUUUUCUUUCCUUUCCCCAUUCUCUAUGUUGUGCUUUGCAGCAAGAGACAGAAAGAAAGGAUAAAAACUGCGCCCACAGAGAUUUUCAUGUGCUAAGAUACUCACAAGUCAGUGAAGUCACAACACUAAGCACUUGCCAAAGCAACCUCGUUAGGGACAAACAAAAGCAGAGUGUAGAGUUGCUGAGAUUGAAAAAAUAUGAGAGUUUCGAGAAUAGAAUAAAGAAUGAAAGAAAGAAAAUAAAAGAGACCAGAUUCAGACAAUACAUAGAGAAAGAUAAAGAGAACAAAAGAUCCAUAUGUGAAGAGAAAGAUAGAGAGAGAUAGUGAGAGAGAAAGAGAGAAAGAGAUGGUGGGCUCAGGAACAACAUCAGAUAGGAGCAAAGAAGCUGUAGGGAUGAUGGCCCUUCAUGAGGCCCUUAGAAGCGUAUGUCUCAACUCAGAUUGGAAUUACUCUGUCUUCUGGACCAUUCGUCCUCGCCCAAGGGUCAGAGGUGGCAGUGGGUGCAAGGUUGGGGAUGAUAAUGGCAGCUUGAUGUUGAUGUGGGAAGAUGGGUUUUGCCGUGGAAGCGAUUUAGACUGCCUGGAAGAGAUUGAUGGAGAGGAUCCAAUCAGAAAAUCCUUCAGCAAAAUGUCCAUUCAGUUAUAUAAUUAUGGAGAAGGGUUGAUGGGAAAGGUUACAUCUGAUAAGUGCCACAAGUGGGUCUUCAAAGAGCCCACAGAAAGUGAGCCUGAUAUCUCCAACUACUGGCAGAGCUCCUUUGAUGCUCUUCCACCUGAAUGGAUCGAUCAGUUUGAGUCAGGCAUUCAGACAAUUGCUGUAAUUCAAGCUGGGCAUGGCCUUCUACAACUUGGCUCUUGCAAGAUUAUUCCUGAAGAUCUCCAUUUCGUGCUAAGAAUGAGGCACACUUUUGAAUCUCUACGAUAUCAAUCUGGCUUCUACCUCUCCCAACUUUUCUCUUCAACUAGGAACACUUCCUCUCCUACUUCAGUUCCUUCAAGACCAUCCAACAUUCCAAUUAGCCCAACUCCUUCACUCCUCAACUGGAGUCAGAGGCCUCUUGGUUCUGCUACUUCUAUGCUAUCCUCACCAGGUUUUCAACAUAUGGGGUGCCCACAGGCCAAAGAUGAGACUCAUAUGUUUCUCAUGCCUCAUGCAUCUGAAGCUGCAAAAAGAGAAGACAUGAUGGGGGAGCAUGAAAACAACAUGAAGUGGCUAAAUGGGUAUUCCUCCUUCACUGCACCUGAUCGAGUGGCUUCUUCAUCCUCUUCUAUUUCAGUGGAUCACCAUCAAGCUGUGGAGUAUAGGAAUUCAGGAGGAGGUAUAUACACGAAUGUCAUGGAAACCUUUCUAGAGUGAAUGAGGGUGAAAGGUGAGUUUGUGUUAGGAAAAAUGAAGGAUGGUGUAGUUGCUUAUUUAGGAAAAGUUAUUUGUGUUCCUUUUCAGGUGUUUGCUUUCUUCCUCUUUGUAUCAUGUGUUUCUGUCAUCCAUCCACUUAAUGAGACUUUAUUAAAUGAUGAUUUCUCUUUUCUUA